AUGCUCUUGAUAGGCAAGAGUAUUGAUACACCCGCAGCUAAAGACCUUCGAUCCUUGGCCUUGUCUUCAGCUGGACUCUUCAAUGCCAUUCGGCCAUUAUAUUACCAAGCGAAUGACUGCGCAGAUUUCCGAAAAGCACUCAAGAUUCCAGACGUCGCAAGAAUGGAGCGCAACCACGAGUUCGGCGAUCUUGAUGUCUCAAUGAUCUGGGGAAAGAAACGUGUGAAAUGCCGAUGCCGCAACACGCUUGCAAAGCACCGUUUACACAGACCGAUUGACGUUCUUCUGUUUGGUCUCAUCAAGGGAAUCUGGAAAACGACUUAUCCGCAUGCUCUUAUGUGGCUAUACUGGAAGGGAUAUCCGGUCAAUAAUUGGCCUCGAGAUCACAGUUCUCUGUCGACGAUGACCAACAUGAUGCCAGAAGUUCUUGUCCAACUUCUGCAGAGGGGAACAAACGAAAAUAAGGUUGAUGGAAUCUGCGGCAUGAUCCGAUUUCUCAGCAGUCAGGGUAUUUCCAUCCCUAUUCGCAUGAAUCCCGACCGAGCCCCAGCAUAUGCAGCAAAGCAACGAGAACAAGAUGAAUUAAACCCCGAGUUUGUUCUAGGCGACUUGAAUAUGUAUUUUUCAUGGCACGAAACUACUAUUUCCAUUGCCCUUCGAUCGCACUGUCCGCCCAUCGUCUUGGAAGUUCUUCUGCAAGAGUACACCAAGCGUGGUGUUUUCAUGACAGAUUUGGAACUGGAUAUUUGGACACCCCCACCAGCACUGAAGGAUUGGUAUGAUGCCCAGGAACCUUUAUACCUUGAUGAGCCAGAUGACGAGCCCUGGUUCAUCGAGACAGAUUUUGCAGGUGUACUCUCAGGUCUUUAUGCAGACCUCAUGGAACCUUCUUCUGGUUGGAGAGAGGAUCAUCAAGGGCAGACAGUCGACAUUUGGGAAGCCGAGAUGGGCUUGCUCGUGCGCUACGGCGCUAUAGAUAAGCAUGAGCGAGCCUUGUUCCAGGGAACUUUGGAAGCUCUUCGAAAAAUCACCAGAAUGGUCAUGUCGAGCCCAGGGACCAUUGAUGCCGACGGAAAGGAACGCUUCAUUGCGCUCUGCGAGGGUAUUUGA